GGGCAUGCUGUUGUGGCAACAGCUGACGUCCUUCAGUCUAAAAACAGAGUGCUCCGUUCCAGUUCACUGCUGUUAGGCUGCAACACUCCCUGCGGCUGAUUUCACACACUUUUUGUCUCAGCCGUCCACUCCUGUCCUCAUGGAGAGCCUGGAGAAGCAGCUAAUCUGUCCCAUCUGUCUGGAGAUAUUUACUAAGCCUGUGGUCAUCCUGCCAUGUCAACACAACCUGUGUCGAAAAUGUGCCAAUGAUGUGUUUCAGGCAUCUAACCCUUACCUGUCAACAAGGAGUGGCACCACAGUAUCCUCUGGUGGACGUUUCCGCUGUCCGUCCUGCAGACAUGAGGUGGUCCUGGAUAGACAUGGAGUCUAUGGAUUGCAGAGAAACUUGCUGGUGGAGAACAUCAUUGAUAUGUACAAACAGGGGAGCACUAGUAAGCCAGCUGUGGAGGUGAAGCUGGAGCAGCCGAUGUGUGAGGAGCACGAGGGUGAGAAGAUCAACAUUUACUGCACCACCUGCAGCGUUCCCACCUGUUCCCUCUGCAAGGUGUUUGGGUCCCAUAAGGACUGUGAGGUGGCACCGCUGAACAACGUGUUCAGCAAGCAGAAGGCGGAGCUGACUGAUUGUGUCUCCAUGCUUGUUGGGAAUAAUGAGAGGAUUCAGGCGAUUAUCGGCCAUCUAGACGAGACCUCAAGAGCUGUUGAUGAGAAUGGUCGAAGGCAGAAGUCUAAGGUAUGCGAGGUUUUCGAUCACCUGUUUGCUCUUCUGGAGGAGAGGAAGGCUGAGAUGAUGGUGAGGAUUACUAGUGAGCAGGAGGAGAAACUAGACUACAUUCGUAGUCUGAACAAGAAGUACAGCGAGCACCUGGAAGGAAGUGUCAAACUGCUGGAGACUGCCAUUCAGACCAUGGAUGAGUCUGAGAUGGCGGUGUUCCUCCAGGCAGUCAAACCUCUUCUACAGAAACUGGUUCAGGCCACCAGUACAUCUCACCUAGACAAAGUCCAGCCUGGCUACGAGCGCCUGGAUCACUUUAAGGCAAACUUCGAGACCCAGAGAAGAGUGCUGAUGGACAUCAGCUUCAAACUUGAUGACAAUGAAGAGGACAGUGAAGAAGAUGUGGAGCUACAAAGGCCACAGCAGCCUGUUGAACCUGCAGCCAAGCAGCAGCCACCACAGCCGCCUGUGUGCUCAGACACACCCACCCAGAACCCCUCAGAACUCACUCAAACAACAGGCCACACCUCCUCUUCCUCAUCACCAUUAUCACCAUCAUCGUCAUCAUCAUCAUUCACUCAGGCCCCUCCCCCACUGCCACUUCCCACUACAAGCUCCGCCCCUCAGUUGGAUCAACAGAAUGAACUGGAGGACAGAGAUGGAUCUAAACAUGUUUUCUCCUUCAGCUGGCUCAACCAGAAAUAGACCCAGUGUAACCAGAGGAACCAGGAUGACUCGGGUCCGGUUCUGCCUGUGGGACAGUCAUUUAGUUUUUUGUCCAAAGUAAAGUUUUGAUAUUAGAUUCAAUCAGAGAAACCAUUUGAAACUGAAAAUGAUGAAUUAUUACAAAUCCUGUUGUCUGAACUCACAUUUCAAAAUAAAACAUUUUAAAAAGG